AUGGUCGCAUCUUUCUCUCUAUACACCAAGUUUAUGGUCGUUCUGGCCCUGGCGUGCUCAGCUCAGACACUUUCUAUACCAUUACCGCAACGCGAUCCUUCACCUUCCAUUUAUACAACUGCACAUUCGCUGGGCGAUUCAUACCAUUUCCAUCAUCAAGACGGAUGGAUGACUUAUAACGCUUCUAACCUUUCUACGAGGUCUGGUAGUGACGAAGAAAUAGACAGUGGACUAGUAAAAAGGUCCAAGGAGGCGGACAAGAAGCUAAAGGGACACAAGAAGCUGCAUGGGAGCAAAAAGCUAAAGGCAAAGCCAGGCAAGUACGACUUUUCCAAGGCAUUUUCAGCAAGUAGUGUCAUUGGAGGCGCGAUAAAGAAGAUCGUGAACACCGUUCAGGUCAUCAUCACCUGGUAUACCGGCGAAGACCUUUUGAACCCUAGCUGUUGGCCGCAACCAGUCUGGACACCAACGGACCAGUCCUUUGUCAGCGCUAUCACAGAAAUAGGAUGGGAGGGCCGUCCAAAAUGUUUUGACUUCCUUGAACUUUGCAACGGUCCUCAAAAAUGUAUCUUCUGUCGAGUCGUGGAUACUUGCGCCGGUUGCGCUCCGGGAUCUAAACAUGUUGACCUGACAAAAUCUGCAUUCUCAGCGCUCGCGGACAUUAAUGUAGGCCUUCUUACAGUUCAGCUCAGGCUUGCCUCAGAACCGGAAGUGUGGAACGAAGAGCUAUGGGGACCCCAGGCCAGAUGA